AUGGACGAGCAUGCAUACAGGCUGCUUGAGGAACAGCUAGCUGAACUGCUUGCAUGCAGCUAUACUCCAUCCCUUGCAAGUCUUGCGGGAGCUCUUGAGAAGACUGCCUUGGCUGACAUCGAAAUAUGGGCGAAAUAUCACCCCGAAGCCCACGAUGCUCUAGCGGAGCUGCUGAUUGGCAGUUUCAGCUGCGAUACACAUGCUCUAUUUGUUGUAGAACAAUUCAGCAGGCAGAAAGAUUUACGAGAUGCGAUGCUGACGUGCCACCCUGCUCUGUUUGAGAACCUGUUGCGACAGGCGCUCGUCAAUCAAAAGUCUUUCGAGAAGUACACUGCAGUGCUCUGUGCUUUCCUCGAGUGUAAGCUGCCAGAAGGAUGCUUGCCGCCUGUACAGCUCCCACUAUUCAUGGGCAUGCUAAACGAAGCUGUUACCAAUAUAGACGAGACUCGCUACCUUGUCUACAUGGAGGGUGUCUUGCUCAACAAUGCCGAUGUUUGUUUCUCGACACUUUCGGCAACACAGCAAUAUGCAUGGCAGGCAACGCUUGCAGGCUUUCUGAGCAAUCCGUCCAACGAACUAGUCAUCUUGGCCCUCUCAUGCCUGGCAUCGCUCGCAAAUAUGAUGAGCUCCGCGCAGGCUGGUAAGAAUGGGAGCAGCGCUUCUACCCUUUUCCAAGGCGAUAAGGGGCUCAAAGUUGCUCGUCUCGUUGUUGGUAGUGUCUCUGCUGCGCUAUCGACAACAGGAGAGGGCUUUCAGCGCCGACACGUAGAAUAUGCAACCAAUGCUAUGCAUGCACUUUCUCGACAAGUCUUGGAUGAAUGGCUCGCCAAGAAGGAAGGUCAGUCUCUUUGCAGAAAGCUCAAUGAAAAGCUUGACCUGCUCCUCGACGAAGAGAUUGUCGAAGUGGCAGCGGCCUUCUUGUCUGCUAUGAAAGGCGUACAGCAAAUCCAAGGUAUCCAUGAAAUUGCAGCAAGACUAUGCGAACGCGCAAUGGACCACCUGGAAGCAAAGAAUGCUUCACUUCCACUAGCGAAAGCGUUUGCAAGCCUAUCAUCCCUUCUGCCUGCUACAUCAUCUGCUUCUGACCGGGCUCUAUCGUUCUUGCUCAACAAGCAAAAAGAUGAAAGUAAGUCAGUUGCAGAAUGUAACCGUUGGCUAUUGAAAGGGCUAAGCAACACCAAAAUAUCGGCAACACAGUUGAUCAAGCAUUCAUCAUCUCUAACAGCUUGGGCAGCCUUACCGAAAGGCGCAGGUCCUCUCCUUGCUCACGAUCGAGACGUUUGCAAACUAUUGAUCUCAUCAGCUUUGGCAGAAGCCUCGCAUCUACAUCUCCUACCUGUUCUCGACAAACUGACUGACAUGCUUAUACCAACUCUGGAUCAAUUUAAGGUUUGCCGACAGAGCUCACGGCCGAUCGCUCUGCAGCAGCAACCCAACACCCCAGCAUCGGGUCAAUCAUCGAAAGAUUGGCGUGCAAAGCUACUCGUUGACUUACAAGCUGAAGCAGCUCAUCAACAUGACAUUCUUGUUGCACGCGUAGAUCUAGUAUGUCGAGAUCUGGAGAUCCGGGCAGAAACCACAGAGCUCCCCAUGCGUACAUUGAAGGAUGCUCUGAAUGCGGCGAAUGAGGAAGCCAGCAUGCUCAAGAGUCAACUGCAAGAAGUUCAAACAGAGAUGCGACAACGAGAGCGUGAUACUGCAGAUGAGCAAGGUCGCGUAAAUGAGAUCAUGGACAGCAUGCGUCGUGAACUAGCACAACGCGAUGAGCGUCUGCGACAAUGCGAGCACAAUGAGCGUCAAAACCACGACAAGCUGCAGGAGAGCAAAAAGUACGCAAGCGAUCUCGUCAGUCGGCAUGAACAAGAAUGCCAGGAUUUGAAGAAACGCUUGACUAUGGCACUUGAGUCUGCAAAUGCGCACAAUAUCGAAUCAGGCAGAGUCAAUGAACGCUUGAUGAUGGAAGCCAGAGAAUACAACGCAGCCAUGGCGAAGCUGAAGACUUUGUCAAGUGCGCGCGAGGGACAGGUAGCUGAGCUUCAGCUUGCACUACAGGCAAAGGAUGAAGCAUUGAAGAGCAAGGACUCAGCGAUGCGUACGAUGGAGGUCGAUGCUCUCGAAAUGAAGCGCGAGCUGACAGCGUCUUUGCAGGCCUUGACGUCGGAACACGAGACAGCUCGAAAGCAGCUGGUCAAUGAGAUAAAUGCAAUGACUCUCCAGAAGCAACAAGACGCAGUGCAGUUGCAAACUACAACACACGGUCUAGGUCAGGUUCAAACCAAUAUGGAGAAGCUUCAAGAGUCGCUACUACACAUGACACGAGAACGGGAUCUCCUCCUGCAGCAAGUGGAAACCAUCAAGAUGAGUGCCGACGAGAAGCUUGAACUUCUUGCCGAGCAACACGCAAUGGCCCAGCAGACACUGCAAGAUGAUCUGAAGGCCAACAAAAGCAGAUAUGAGUAUGCUCUUGAGACUGGAGAACGGGAGCGGCAGCGCUUGCGAAGUGCACUGACAAGUCUCAGGGCCAAGUAUGAGGCCCGCUUGGCAGAAUUUCAGGAGGCGCAAGAGCUGUCGAGACGAUUGAUGGCAGUUAUGGGAGGGAACUCUGGUGGUCUAUCAAACAACAAGACACCAAUGGGUAAAGCUGCAGUGUCUGAUGCUGACAUGACACCUUUGCGAGCGACGCCAUGGCUUGGUCAUCAGCCUGUCAAGCAGCGUGAACGGCAAAGAGACUUACCAGCUCAAGCAUCUCCACAAAGGCACACAAAAGGCAGUCGCCAGCAAGGCGGCCAUGAGCAGCUCGGCCGAAGCGUGAGGGCACCGGCAUCGCGAUCAGCUACCACACUGGCACAUCCUCUCAAUACUUCAGCAAUACACGUCAAGCGCAAAGAGGCGAGCCCUGCACAGGAUCAAGCCAGCAAGAGACGCGAGUCAAUUGGCAUCUUCCAUGAUCCGGUCGCAGCCGUGCCGAGCACGAUGGAGCAGUUUUUGCAGGAUGCAGACAUUGACCUGGAAGACUACGAUGCAACGCGUGACAUUACUGUUUGUGUCCAGCGUGAUCUUGACAAGGAGAACCAAGGAGUUGGCAAGUCUGGGAAGAAGCCCCUGAGACGAGACGACUCUAGCAUCUUGGAGGAACUCAGCGGUCUGGGCAUCUAG